UAUUGUAGACCAUGGGUUACGAGACAGACUGCUUACGAAUAGUCAGUAUAAACGCUGCUGGUAGGAACGGAAGGAAGUUUGUCUUCCAGCAUCUGAUUGAGCAAGAGAAGCCUGAGAUAGUAUUUCUUCCGGGGGACAACUCAGGACUUGACACCUUAGCGCAAACCAGAUAUCAAUAUUUGUUAGACCCCGCCUUCAAAGAACCAGUUUUCCUGUAUGAUUCCACACGCCUGAAGGUCAACCAACUCCCGGUGAGACCACAGUCCUCCCGUCAUGUAUGUGACUUUGAUAAAGUUCUAGCGCCUCUUAUAGACAUCAACUCGCCAGCUCCAGCACAAAACAUUGUCAAGCAGUUUAUCUGCGUAAACUGGCACUGGAAAUUGUCUGAGAAUGGAGGAUCACAAGUGCUGUAUGAAAAUAGAAGAAUGUAUAUGAUGUUUGUGCAGAAUCUUGCCUAUUUUACCGGAAAAGAGGUUUUGAUUGGUGGCGACUUUAAUUUACCAGAGUCAAAAAUUAAGGAACUGAUCGAAGAACACAACAGUUUGAUCCAGCAUGGCAUCGACAGCAUAAAGCCACAAUUUCAGAAGUUUGGCUACAUGUUUUGUAUGACCGAAGAAAUCCUUAGAUCUGAACGAAGACUUCUUCAACUAAAAUUACACAAGACCAACAAUUCAAUUUCAACAGAAACAAAUUACUUUGUUGCCUCCAAAGAAAUGCAACUUUUUGAGACCAGACAUGAAAAGAUUGAAAAUAUAUCAUAUCGUUAUACCAGGUUACAAUUACAUGCAAGAGUGGAGACUGAUUACCAUCCAGAACCGACUUACACCAAGACCCAUAUAUAUAUCCCACAAAGGCCUCCAAAACACCACGGGGGAUAGAUAAAA